UCCUGGUCUCCCUAACCCACAACCCCCCGCCCCACACCCCGCCGUCCUGGCUGUUUCGGGUCACUCCUUCAUCCUGGCUGGCCAGGGAGGCUGGCCUGUAAGCGCGGACCGGAUGUGCCCGGGGAAACCGGGGGGUAUGCUUGACCGGGCGCCCGGGACCCGUCAUGGCGCUGAGGCCUGAUUAGGGGGAAGAUGAAUAAGGGCUGGCUGGAGCUGGAGAGCGACCCCGGGCUCUUCACACUCUUAGUGGAGGAUUUUGGUGUUAAGGGAGUGCAAGUUGAAGAAAUUUAUGAUCUACAGAGCAAAUGCCAAGGACCUGUCUAUGGAUUUAUCUUCCUUUUCAAAUGGAUUGAAGAACGUCGGUCCCGACGGAAAGUUUCUACUUUGGUAGAUGAGACAUCGGUGAUUGAUGAUGACAUUGUCAACAACAUGUUCUUUGCUCACCAGCUGAUUCCCAAUUCUUGUGCCACACAUGCACUGUUAAGUGUACUCCUGAAUUGUAACAGUGUGGAUUUGGGGCCAACGCUGAGCCGAAUGAAAGAAUUCACCAGAGGUUUUAGUCCAGAGAGCAAAGGCUAUGCCAUUGGGAAUGCCCCAGAACUGGCCAAGGCCCAUAACAGCCAUGCUAGACCAGAACCCCGACAUUUACCAGAAAAACAGAAUGGAAUUAGCGCUGUACGGACCAUGGAGGCUUUUCAUUUUGUCAGCUAUGUUCCCAUUAAAGGGCGGCUCUUUGAAUUGGAUGGCCUAAAAGUUUACCCCAUUGAUCAUGGGCCCUGGGCAGAAGAUGAGGAAUGGACAGACAAAGCCAGGAGAGUUAUCAUGGAGAGGAUUGGGCUUGCUACAGCAGGGGAACCAUAUCAUGACAUCCGCUUUAACUUGAUGGCUGUGGUACCCGACAGGAGAAUGAAGUAUGAAUCUAAGCUACACAUUUUAAAGGUGAACCGGCAAACUGUACUGGAAGCUUUGCAGCAGCUCAUCCGAGUGACUCAACCGGAACUGGUGCAUACCCAGAAAUCUCAAGAGCUCCAGACUCCUGAGGAGCCCAGGUCAGCUAACAGCAAGAGCUCCACCCCACUGGAAGCAGGAAGAACACCAUUAACCCCAGAGAGCUCCCAGGCAGAGGGUACUGAGGAUUCUAGAGCCCAGGAGUUGCCUGUCUCAACCCAGAGCCCUCCAAGCAAGGCAAAGCUGAGCACUAAACCACAUGUGAGCAGCAUAAAUGGGGCCCUAUCAGCCCCCAACCCCAUCGUGCAAAGGCUGCCAGCUUUCUUGGAUAACCACAACUAUGCCAAGUCACCUAUGCAGGAGGAAGAGGACCUUGCAGCAGGAGUGGGCCGAAGCCGAGUCCCAGUCCCGCAGCACCAACAAUAUUCUGAUGAUGAAGAUGACUAUGAUGAGGAUGAGGAUGAGGAAGUGUGUAAUACAAAUCCUGCCAUCAGUUAUAAGAGGAAGGGCUUGGUGAAACAAGAGCACCUGAUGGGGAGCGGAGACGCCCAGCUUUCUAUGCUGCAGCCCAACACCAUCAACGUCCUUGCGGAAAAGCUGAAAGAAACUCAGAAGGACCUCUCCAUCCCCUUGUCUAUUAAGACUAGCAGUGGAGGCACAGCAGUAGCUGUUGUUGCCCACUCUCAACCAUCUCCCACACCCAGCAAUGAAAGCACAGACACUGCCUCAGAGAUCGGGAGUGCCUUCAAUUCUCCUCUUCGCUCCCCCAUCCGAUCAGCCAAUCCCACUCGCCCUUCCAGUCCUGUCACUUCGCAUAUCUCCAAGGUGCUUUUUGGGGAGGAAGACAGCCUGCUCCGUGUAGACUGUAUACGCUACAAUCGGGCUGUGAGAGAUUUGGGUCCCAUCAUCAGUACGGGUUUGCUGCACCUCACAGAGGAGGGAGUUUUCUGCCCUCUUACUGUCACAGAAGGUGCAAAAAACUCUCCUCCGUCUAGCAAAUCGAAUGAAGAGGUUCAGAUUAUUGUAAAAGGAGAAGCGGUGGACUCUAAUGAACCACGUGACAGCAAGGAGAAAGCUGGUAUUGGCCGGUCUGCUGAUCCCCCUGCUGGGGAAAAAUAUGUUCCUAAAGAGCUCCUGGCAUUGCUUAAGUGUGUGGAGGCUGAAAUUGCAAACUAUGAGGCCUGUUUAAAGGAAGAAGUGGAGAAAAGAAAGAAAUUCAAGAUUGAUGAUCAGAGAAGAACUCACAAUUACGAUGAAUUUAUAUGUACUUUUAUCUCCAUGUUGGCACAAGAAGGAAUGUUGCCUAGCCUUGUUGAACAAAACAUCUCUGUUCGUAGACGGCAAGGGGUCAGCAUUGGGCGUCUCCACAAGCAGCGAAAGCCCGACCGACGGAAACGUUCCAGGCCAUAUAAAGCUAAACGCCAAUAGUCUCAACCUUUGGACAGGACUCAAUAUCCUCUGCUUGCCUCUCUUGACAGUGUGGUGCAUAUACUUCAUGUACUUCUUCACCCACCAGAGAGUGCUCAGGACAGAGCUUUGCACUGAAAUUGUCUUCACGUGAUCAGUAUUAGUGUGACUACGUCUACCUGUAUUCAGCUGGAUUUUAGACAUUGCUCCAGUGGUUUUCCAUUUGGGCAUCCAAAGAUAAAGUUUCCCUCCAGAGGUGGAGGUGAGAAGCAUAAAGAGUAGGACCAUUUGGGUGUUUGGCUGACACUGCACUUGAAUAUGUUACUUAGCAACCUAAACCAAUAUGCAGUGCAUCUUGUAGUAGUAAAUGGCAGUCUUCAGAGGUUUUACGUGAAUAUUGCUUAAAAAGAAAUAAGUGAAAUCUUUGCAGUUUUGUAGAAGUGCAUUUCGGUUAAGUUGAUGCAUUGUUUAGUUCUGAGAGAGUCAGAAUGUGCUAUAUCCCCGGGAUCGGCUAUUUCCAGGGGAACAAGUAUCUGCAUUACAUCUUUUAAGUGUGUGUGUGUUUCCUGAAUCAAGUUCAUCGCUAUCAUUUUCAGGUAGCGAUGGCCCUCAUUCUAUUGAACUGUACAUCAAGCUCCCUACCAAUCCCACCUGGUCUUCAAAUCCAGCUAAUUUUUCUCUUGAUUCCCCCUCCCCCCAAAACUGGUGCUGAUGCAGAGAGGAGAAUUUCUUGUAUGUAUGUCCAGAGUAAGGUCUUUUGGUGUGAGGGUAUUUUUGUUCAUCCGUAACAGCAUGUAGGCCUUGCAGUUUGGAAGCUACUUACUUUUCUUUUGUAUGUAUGGAAGCUAUGCAGACACCGUGUUUUAAACCGUGAAAUUAACUUAUUUUUUUAGAUUUUAUUUGGCAGUUGCUUCUUUUUACUCAAAUCCUUAAAACCAUUUUUAGGAAAUCAAACAAUGUGUGGAGAGACAAAGUGGCUGGGUGUUACAGAUUGCCAAAUGAAAAUACUGAAAGGUUAACAAUCCCCACCCAUCCUUUUUUAUAGUAAAUGGUUAGGACCAACAUUUUGAGAGAGAUCAGGAUAAAGUGCUUCAAUGGGGAUAUUAAUCAUUGUUUGGGUUUUUCUUUUCAUGCUUACAUUUCAGGGGGAAAUGGAAAGGUUCUAUAGCAAAAUAAUCCCUGCACUUAAUGUAAGCUUACAGUCAAGAAGUGGAAUGGUGAACUUUGCAGUUGUUUAUGGUGUAAGGAUAGGGGAAAUGUAGAGCAGAAAGGGCUGGAGGCCCUGUGUUGGGAUGGCCAAGACAACAAAGGAUGUAUCUCUGUGCCGUGGCAAUUUAGCCUAAUAUACUUACUUGGCACCCUUCCAGCUCACUUGAAAGCUUGCAGGGUGGAGAACCUCUGCAGACUGUAGGUCCUCUAACAAGAUAGGGCACAAAGUAAUAAUUUUGCAUUAUGGAGUAAAUGGUAUCCCUUUUCCUAUUGAUUAUGGCUCAGGUUGGAGCAUCUGGCUUAUUACUCUGCAAGAGUAUAGAUGAUAUUUGGCCAGCAGGAUCUGGUUAUCAUCUGCCUUUGUCUUCCAGAGCCGCCUCAGCACUUCUCAUUCCAGUCCAUUUACAGUCUCUUAAUUGCAGUGUAAUCAGUUAUCUACCUAGCCGCUCCUAAGAUAAGUGUUGUUACUAGCUUCUCCUUAUUUACAUGGCUUUAUCUUUGUCCUGUAAGAACAGUCCUUUGUCAAUACCGCAGAUUUAUAAAUGUUUUUAAGCUUUUGGCAGAAUGAUAGCAAAUUUGCAUUAAAUUAUGCUAGCUGAUGGCCAGAGGAACCUUGCAAAUUGUUUUUUGGAAGAACAGUUUAACGCUUCCUCUGCAACUUUUAUUCCAUGAAUAUGUAAGUUGAGUCUCUUAGUAUAGAUAUUAAAAUCAUCAUGAGAUUCAAAAGAAGAUCAAUGUGAAAAGGGAAUAGUUCCUGAGAAGAUGGUGAAAUAUAUUUGCUUUCUUUGCAAAUAUGUACAGUGCCUGACUGUAAAAUUACUAUUUUUUAUUUGUUGACAGAAUCACCUGUCUCUUGCAUUGUCAAGUGCUAUAAAUAUAUCAGUUCUGUUGAAAAUAAAAUGUAUCUCUAGCCUUCUGGA